CUCUCUCUCUCUCUCUCUCUCUUGUUUUGGGGGGAGAAGAAAGAACAAGUCUAUCUCAACUUCUUCUGGUACUGCUUCUGUCCACAACUACCACCGGGCCUUAUCCGUCAUCAAUUUGACGCCUCCCGUUCUCUUUUUGGAGUUGAAUUAGGGUUUCGCAGGUUCCUCGGAACCCUUGCGUUCGUGAAGUUCCGGUGAUAAUCGGACAUCCUUUCGUUCAAGAUUCGAACUCUGUUGUGUUGUUUUGGCCGUUUGAGCGGCGAUCGAAAGAUGCGAUUUUUGUGUUAGUUUGGUGGGAAACGUAUGUUUGUGUAGCUUUCUUGUGAAGCAAUGGCGUCUCCUGCUUCCCUUGCGUCGCUGGGAAGCGCGAGGCCCGUCUCCUCCCCGGGUGUCUUCGAGGUCUCUUCCUCGGCUGUCACUGUUCGGAGGAUUCAUGUCGUUUCUAGUAUUAGAUUUAGUAGCUUCUACGGGUCGAUGCAGUGGCGUGUUGCUCGAGGUCGAUUUUGUAAGUGUAUGGUGACCACCAAUUUGAUCGAGGAGAGGGGAAUUCCGGUCUCUUCCGAGUCCACAUUCAAGGUUAGUAAUAGCAGUGUUAGCAGAAACGAUGAUGCCGAUCUCAUCCUCAAGCCUCCUCCGAAGCCGGUGCUCAGAGCGCCCCCCAAUGGUCAAUUAGAUCCUUCGAACUCGGCCUCCUCUAAUUGGUCAUCCGACAAGGCUGUUCGUGAGAAGCCGGCGGCUCCAAUGGAAGACGGCGAGGAAAUGAUGGAAUCCCUUGGUGAGGUUUUAGAUAAGGUGGAAAAACUUGAAACUGCGAAUGCGGUCAAAUUUGGUGGCAAAGAUAUCAGGGACACUGGUGUGUCCAAUGGCAGCUCCAAAUCAGGUAGGCCGGCGAAUGCAACUUUGGCUACAAGGAAUUCGAAGACAACUAAGAGUGUUUGGCGGAGGGGGAACCCUGUGGCUAGUGUGCAAAACGCAGUUAAAGAACCAGCAAAGGUCAAGGAGGAAGAGGAGAAAAAUUCCUCUACAACCACAGUGACAAAUGCGUUGGGAGCUCCUCCGAUUGCACCUUUGAAGCCUCAGAUGCCUUCACCAGCCAGGCCAAAGUUGCAAGCAAAGCCUCCAGUUGCUCCACCUACCAUUCCUGCAGCCAAGACGCCUGAUGUCCAGAGGGAAAGGAAACCGAUUCUUAUAGAUAAAUUUUCAUCCAAGAAACCAGGUAUUGAUCCAAUUGCCGCUGAGGCGAUACUAGCAACCCCUUUGAAACCAGCAAAAGGGCCCCCACCAACCAAAGCCAAAGAUGAUCGCCGUAAGAAAUCAAGUUCCACGGGAAGUUUGCGCAGACGUAUGGUGGAUGAUGGGAAGAUAUCCGAGGAGGAAGCCUCGGAGCUUAACGUGCCGAUCCCCGGGGUUACAGAGCCAAGGAAAGGAAGGAAAUGGAGUAAAGCAAGCCGUAAAGCUGCAAGACUGCAAGCAGCUAAAGCCGCAGAACCUGUUAAAGUCGAGAUCCUUGAGGUGGGUAAAGAAGGCAUGUUGACUGAGGAGUUGGCAUAUAACUUGGCUGUCAGCGGAGCAGAUAUUCUUGCAUUUUUGUACACAAGGGGAGUUAGGCCUAAUGCAGUCCAGACGCUUGAUAAAGACAUUGUCAAGAUGAUAUGCAAAGAAUAUGAUGUGGAAGUAAUCGAAGUUGAUCCAGUUAGAGUGGAAGAGAUGGCAAAGAAGAAGGAAGUUCUCGAUGAAGAGGACUUGGACAUGUUAGAAGACAGGCCUCCUGUUAUUACAAUCAUGGGGCAUGUGGAUCAUGGAAAGACGACACUACUGGACUAUAUUCGAAAGAGCAGGGUGGUAGCAUCAGAGGCAGGUGGAAUAACUCAAGGUAUCGGAGCAUACAAGGUUCUUGUGCCAGUCGAUGGAAAGCCUCGACCAUGCGUCUUUCUUGAUACCCCAGGGCACGAGGCUUUUGGUGCAAUGAGGGCACGUGGAGCGAGAGUGACUGACAUUGUCAUCAUUGUAGUGGCUGCUGAUGAUGGAGUCCGCCCACAGACUAAUGAAGCAAUAGCUCAUGCAAAGGCAGCUGGGGUGCCUAUUGUCAUUGCUAUCAAUAAGAUAGAUAAGGAUGGAGCAAAUCCUGAAAGAGCUAUGCAAGAGCUUUCUUCUGUUGGCCUUAUGCCAGAAUUAUGGGGCGGUGACAUCCCUAUGGUUCAGAUCAGUGCUCUUAAGGGAGAGAAUGUUGAUGAACUGUUGGAAACUGUGAUGCUUGUGGCAGAGCUGCAAGAAUUGAAAGCCAACCCAAAAAGAAAUGCUAAAGGCACUGUCAUAGAAGCAGGUCUGGAUAAAGCAAAGGGAGCCAUUGCUACACUUAUUGUGCAAAAUGGAACCCUUAGGAAGGGUGAUGUUGUUGUGUGUGGUGCAGCUUUUGGAAAGGUGCGUGCUAUGUUUGAUGACAGAGGAGGUCGUGUUGAUGAAGUGGGACCAUCAAUGGCUGUGCAGGUCAUUGGUCUCGGUAGUGUUCCUAUUGCUGGUGAUGAAUUUGAGGUUGUUGAAUCCCUCGAUGUUGCACGUCAAACGGCAGAAGCAUGUGCAGAAUCAUUACAGGCUGCACGGAUAUCUGCUAAGGCAGGGGAAACGAAGGUCACCCUGUCUUCCAUUGCUUCUGCUGUUGCAUCAGGAAAGCAGUCUGGUUUAGAUGUGCACCGGUUGAAUAUUAUUCUAAAGGUUGAUGUUCAGGGUUCAAUUGAAGCUAUCAGACAAGCUCUUCAAGUGCUCCCUCGAGAUAAUGUCAAUUUGAAGUUCCUCCUCCAAGCUCCAGGGGAGGUUAGCACAAGUGAUGUUGAUCUGGCUGUCGCUUCUGAGGCCAUUAUAUUUGGUUUCAAUGUGAAAGCUCCUGGUUCAGUUAAGAGUUAUGCAGACAAAAAGAACGUUGAGAUACGGCUAUAUAGAGUCAUAUAUGACCUUAUUGAUGACAUGAGGAACGCAAUGGAAGGGCUUCUAGAGCCUGUUGAGGAACAAGUCCCAAUAGGAACAGCAGAUGUUCGAGCAACAUUUGGUAGUGGUAGCGGACGUGUUGCUGGAUGCAUGGUCACCGAAGGAAAGGUGGUGAAAGACUGUGGUGUUCGGGUUGUUCGAAACGGGAAGACAGUUCAUACUGGCACAAUUGAUUCUCUUCGACGGGUGAAGGAAGAAGUAAAGGAGGUUGGUGCUGGGCUCGAGUGUGGUAUUGGUGUUAAUGAUUUUGAUGAUUGGGAAGCUGGAGAUGUUAUUGAGGCCUUCAAUACAGUGAAAAAGCGACGGACACUUGAAGAAGCAUCGGCCACAGUCACAGCUGCAUUAGUUGGAGCUGGAAUUGAGCUGUGAAGCAGGAAAAGACGGCUACAACCGGUCGAGGGUUGAGCAAGCGAUGUGCGGUGGAUCUGAUAUUCUCAAAUUGUGGUGUCCUGUAAAAGCAUCCAACGGGUGGUGGUUCAAAACAACUUCAGACGACUAAUUAAGCUUUGGGUAGGUUCGAUUACUCAUCACAUCUUCAUUUGAUCUUGGAAGAUGCUCGGGUCAUCUGCCAUAUAAGCUAUUGUAAAAUGAAUCUCAGUUGUCUUUUUUCCCCCUUUUUUUUGUUUUGUAGAGAAGGGCACUUCACUUUUUAGUGAUUCAAUUACUUGUAACAGAUAUAGUCGGAACACAGUUUUAUCUUUUUAUAAUUCAAUUGCCCUCUCACGACAAGUCAACGCUGUCCUGAGUUUAUUUGAUGCCCGGUGUAUGAAACCGUACCUAAAGGGAAAAUAAUGUCAUAAUGCCUAUAUUUUUGC